UCCUCCUCCGUGCGGGACAGGGUGCAAAACCAUGCGAUUGCCUCCUAAUCCUGGAGUAGUUGCAACUCCCAGCAUCCCCAGCCUGCAGGAAACCCCUAAGGGAUUCCAACUGCUUCCUUGGAGAGUGCUUUGAAGUUCAGACUAAAUCCCGGAACAGGUUCCCUGACCCACCCACACGGGAGCCGUUUCCUUCCAAGGGGAAUCUUGAGCUUCUUCUUUGCUGAGCUUAUCGGCUCAAACUCCUGAUCUUGGCUUAACGUCCAAACUCCGGAGUGUUUAUCUUUACGGGCAGAUAAAGCCACACCGGGAGCUAUUGAUUCGGCUCAGGAAGCAAAAACAAGUUUCCACAAGAGAAAGAAUGAGGCCGAGCACAUGCUACCUGGAAAAAAACAAGGUCCCCCUUUUAAAAAAAUUAUUUAUUUACUUACAGUAUUAAUAUUCCACCCUUCUUUCUCACCCCAAAGGAGACUCAGGGCAGAUCACAAUGCACAUACACAUGGCAAACAUUCAAUGUCAUUAGACAAACGACAUAUAUAGACAGACACAGAGGCAAUUUAACAUGUUCCCAGCUUCCGGCUUCAUGAGGGUAUGCUCAAUUCCGGCCACAGGGGGAGCUGCCGCUUCAUCGUCCACUUAUGACACCAAGUCCUUGAUGUAGUAUUUCCUCAUUCUUCUGCACACUGCUGGAAGUUUUUAUGGUGUCAUAAAUUAGUUAAAUUAGCCUCCCUGCAUAAAGCAGUACAUAAAUUUCCUACUUGACGGAUUCAGCUGUCAUUUGAGCUGCUUAGCUCAACAGCAAGCUAGGCUAUUAAUGUUCGGGAGCUUAUUCUGACCCGGGCUGGCUUCGAUAUCAUGACUUCUUGGUCAGUAGUGAUUUAUUGCAGUGGGCUACUAACAAACUGCGCCACAACCUGACCUGACCUUGCAAGCAAACCCGUCCAAUGUGGGCUAGGCAAGGCUACUGUUAGACGGAUCUGUAAUUGGUUAAUCGACUGAACCCAAAGGAUGGAUCCUCCUCUUCACCUUGGAAAGAAGUGACUCGUUGCGUGCCAUAAAGAGGGUUCGGAUCUCAGUAAGGUGGCCUUUUGGCCUAUUACUGUGUCCAGUUCUGGGCAUCACAGUUCAAAAGAGGUAUUGACUCCAAGCUGGAAGGUGUCCAGAGGAAGAGGGCCACUAAAAUGGUCAAAGGUCUGGAAACCAUGAAGAAUCCCUCUGAGGAGCGUCUUAAAGAGCUUGGCAUGUUCGGCCUGCAGAAGAGAAGGUUGAGAGGAGACAUGAGAAGAGCCAUGGAUAAGGAUGUGAAAGGGUGUCAGAAGGAAGAGGGGGGGAUUGUUUCAAUGGACUCAAUGGAGCCAUGGGUUCAAACGACAGGGAAGGAGAUCCCACCUGAACAUGAGGAAGAACUUCCUGACCGUAAGAGCGGUUCAGCAGUGGAAUAGGAAGCCAGUGGAGGCUCCAUCUUUGGAGGCCAUAUGGCCAUGUGUUUGCUUUGAUUCUGCUUUUCCUACAAGAUCUGGAGACCACAAAUAAUCCCUCUGAGGAGCAUCUUAAAGAGCUGGGUCUGUUUAGUCUUCAGAAGAGAAGGCUGAGACAUGAGAGCCAUGUAGAAAGAUGUGAGAGGAUGCCAUAAGGAAGAAGGAACAUGUCUUGUUUUCUGCUGCCCUUGAAACCAGGACUCAAUGGAGCCAUGGGUUCAAAUGACGGGAAAGGAGAUCCCACCUGAAUAUGAGGAAGAGUUUCCUGACUGUACGAGCUGUUCAACAGUGGAACUCUCUGCCUCGUAGUGUGGCAGAAGCUCCUUCCUUGGAAGCUUUAAACAGAGGAAGCUUCCUUGGAAGCUUUAAACAGAGUUCUUCUGUUGGGGGUGUUUUGAUUGUGCUUUUCCUGCAUGGCAGAAGGGGUUGGACUAGAUGGCCCUUGGCCCUUGUUUGCCGUGAUGUUUUCUUCUUUGCAGGUCUCGGCAGUCGCCCGUGUUCUUUGUCCCAGAGUUCAGAUUGAGAAAGUGGGAGAAGAAGCAAGUCUAGACAGACACAACUACCAGGAAGUGCACCGUGAAUUUCACAUUGAGUCAUAAUUCCCAUUAUCAAGGGAGGGUUGGGCCUCCUUCCUUCAAACUUGUCUUAAAGAAUAGAUUCUGGGGAAGUCUCAAGCCCCACACCAACACUUGGACAUACUUUGUGUCACAAAAAAAAAAAAACAAUGUUUCUGGAGAAGAACAACUACAGUGGAGUCUCACUUAUCCAAGCUAAACGGGCCAGCAGAAGCUUGGAUAAGCGAAUAUGUUGGAUAAUAAGGAGGGAUUAAGGAAAAGCCUAUUAAACAUCAAAUUAGGUUAUGAUUUUACAAAUUAAGCACCAAAACAUCCUGUUAUAUAACAAAUUGGACAGAAAAGGUAGUUCAAUACGCAGUAAUGUUAUGAUGUAAUUACUGUAUUUAUGAAUUUAGCACCAAAAUAUCAUGAUAUAUUGAAAACAUUGACUACAAAAAUGGCUUGGAUAAUCCAGAGGCUUGGAUUAGUGAGACUCUCUAUAUAUAUACCGCAAGUCCACAGCAAACAAGAUCCUUCUGCUGGCUGUUGUAUUGGAUCCCACGUCGGACCCUUCCCAAGUGUCUAGGACUGUGUGAGUCUCGGUGAAGAAUGUGUGCAGAUCCGAGUAGGGUGGCCUUUUGCAACUGACAGGUGGUGGUGAUGAUGAUGAUGAUGAUGAUGAUGAUGGCACAAACCAAACUCUGGAUGUAUCCUUUUUUAUCAUCAUGACUUGUUGGGGAAGCCAGGAUGACAAAAGCAAGCCCUAGGUGAUGGAAAGUGUGGCUGCAAAAGGCCACAACUGUGUUGAGUAAUAUCUGGUGAGUCAGAGGAGCCAACUCUCCCAAGAGAAAGGAAAACCUUUGCGGCGACCAGGCGAGACCCGUGGAGUGCCUGCCUGCCUGCCUGCCAGGAGGAGGACAUCCUGGAAAAGAGAGGCGGGUCCGGGGAGGGUCCUGGGGUGGAGGAGACGCGGGGAAGGAAGGAAGAAGAGAAGAAAGAAGGAAGGAAGGGAAGGAGGCGAGGGAGACCCCGGCGGAGGAGGGUCAGCAGCGCCAUGCGGGGCCGGGCGGCGCUCCUGGUCGUGGCGCUCACCUGGCUCUGGCCCAUCCACGCCGUCGCAGGAGAACCUGAAGCGGGAAAACACUGUCAGCGAGAAUGCCCCGCUAAUCCGCCUGUCACCAGAGAAUUCCCUGAGCAUUUGCUGGAAAGCUAUGAGAAGGUCCCGUGCCGAGGGAAGACCUCUGUCAUAUUUACUACUAAGAGGAAUAAAUCCUUCUGCGCCGAUCCAGAGAAGGAAUGGGUCCAAAGCCGUAUGAAGACCCUGGAUGCCAAACGUGCUCUUCCGCCCCAGCAAAGUGGUUCGUUGGACAAGCUCUCCCAAGACAUCAAGUCGACUCCAGAUGUGGGUCAUGCCCACACCAUUCAAACGUCAACAGGAUGGCCUUUGAGGACAACAAGCGGCACCUUGGUUGGUCCAUCUCCAGAACCUGCUGCCCAAAACAGAGACAUUCCCACACUUGAACCAGAUGCAGAUGGGACUGUGGCAUCUCCAACUACAACUUUGAGACUUGGAGAAGACCUCACUAACAAUGGAGAAGAUCCAAAGCAUGACUCUGGUGCUCUAGGAGCUAUUAGCAGUAGACCCAAUCUUCUAAAUCCCAUGAGGUCUUCUAUGUCACCCACCUUCCAUCUGGUUGGGAAAGCCAGUGUGCCUCCUACUCCGUCAACAACAUUCCCAACGUCUCCCAGACUAUCAGCUUCGGUUCUGAGCCCAAUCAACGGACUUCAGGACAGUGUUGAGCUGCAAGGAGAAGAUGUCACCGACUCCAGCAUUGAUGGAGGCGAGAUCAGAGACAUUAAAGAUGCGACAAGAGACUCAUCUGCUGCUUUUGUAGGGACAUUGAGAACCUCCUUGUCAACAGAAGCUAUCAAAGAUGUUUCUCCUGAACCACCAAGGCCUCGCCAGAGGAGCCAAGUGGAGGCAACCACGUCCAGACCAGAGGGGACGUCCACCUUGAUGUCUGAAUACCGGACUCACAUCCUCUCCUUGACGGCCGUUGGUGUUCUCUUGGUUGUCUCCAUUUUGGCCGGGUGGGUCUGGUUGAAAAGACACAUCCCGACCACCGCUUCGCCCAAGGAACAAGUGCUAGGCCUGUUGUACGACUCAUCCAGAUCUCAAGAAGAUGCCUACGCCAUGCAGACUCUAUGAACUUCUCUGGGGAUGUCUCCUUCCAACAAACCGGGAUGAGCUGAAGGACAUACAUUGGGUCAAUGACAUUCCCACCUGAAUGGUUGGCACAACAGAUGGACAGCGAGAAUGACCAUGUCAUGAGAAGCCAUGAGGUCAUGGACUUCAAAGUGGGAGGUGGUCUUUCAUGUGGAGAAAAGAGAGGUUAACUUUGUCUUAGCGUGUUUAUGUUUGCGUGUAUAUGUGUGAGAGAGAGAUCAUUCCAAUCAGAAUUAGAGGAGUCCAAAUGAUCAGGAAUUGGAUCAAUCCAGCUUCUGAGAACGGCCAAGAAUUUUCCUCCUCCAUCCCAGCAGAGAUGGACCAUGUGUUGUCAAAGGUUUUCAUGGCCGGAAUCACAGGGUUGUUGUGUGUUUUCCGGGCUGUAUGGUUAUGUUGCAGAGGCAGCAUUCUCUCCUGACGUUUCGCCCACAUCUAUGGCGGGCAUCCUCACAGCCUCAGGGCCUUUCCUUUUCCCACUCAGCCGCUUAAGCGGGAAAAGGAAGGGCCCUGAGGCUGUGAGGAUGCCCGCCAUAGAUGUGGGCGAAAUGUCAGGAGAGAAUGCUGCUUCUGCAACAUGGCCAUACCAGGAAGAAAGCCUUGCAGUGUUACGUCUCAGUGAUGCACCUUUUGUAUGUAUUUUACGCACUUUCGUUGCCUUACCCCUUGCGGUUUUUCUCGAUGUGUUCUUAAUUCCGUCUUGCCUUUGUUGUUGAUUUCUAUUUUUAUUAAAAAAAGAAGAGAGAGAAAUAAAUCAAUUCUUAA